AUGGUCGGUUAUCGUACUCUCAGCAUCGCAAUAAGAAGGUUUUUUCUUCUGUGUUAUUUGGUUUUCCGGUUGGCCACCACUGCUAGUGGUGGUUUCCAGCUCAUGUGGGCAUUGCGGGCUAGUAACUCGAUGGUUACCGGACGGUUACAUGUAUUGCGGCGUAUACUGCCCGGUAUAUCGACCAAAUACAAGUAUUCCGACAGCUACUGCGGCCAAUACUUGGGGUUGUUCGUUAGAUACUGUCAGCCUGCUUACGUGGGGAUCCACACGGUGACUCUGGUACUCUGCCUUCCCUACGCCGUCUUCUUUGAGACCGCCGCUUCUCUCCUCUUUGGCUUCUUCCCCGGCGUUCUCUGCGUCUUCUCUGCCAAGGUCCUCGCCGCUUCUCUCUCCUUCCUCAUCGGCAGGUUGAUAUUCAGGAGUUCAAGUUCAGCAAUGGAGUGGGCCCACAGAAAUAAAUACUUCCAUCUCCUUUCCACAGGAGUCGAGCGUGACGGCUGGAGAUUUGUCCUCCUCGCUCGCUUCUCCCCAUUGCCUUCCUACGUCAUAAAUUAUGCGUUGGCCGCUACUAAUGUUGGCUUCCUUGUCGAUUUUCUGCUGCCAACAAUCGUAGGCUGCCUGCCAAUGAUCUUACAGAACGCGUCUAUUGGCAGCCUCGCCGGUGCUGCUGUUGCCUCCGCGUCCGGCUCAAACAAAGUCGCCGUUUGGUCUUAUGUUUUCCCCCUUCUUGGGAUCGUCUCCGGCAUUCUUAUUUCCUUGAGAAUCAAAAACUACUCCUCCGCUCUCUCUUCAACUGCCCGUCUUCAAGACUCCCAACACACAAGUUUGAAAAAAGAUCAGCGAUAGAAUUUCUACGUCUUAUGUAUUCAAGUCAUCCAGCUGAUGAUUAUUAGUUAAUUAAGGUUUUAUUUUGCUACUUUGUAUUUCAGUCCUAUUUAUUCAUUCAUACAAAACACUCUUUUGAUAAUUCUCUCAA